AUGGCCCCCAUCACGUCGCCGAUAAUGGUCGUCGCAGCCGCUUUCUCGCUUGGGUGGCUGGUCUGGAGCCUUUGGCACAUGGUCUCACCUGCCAAAUCACUGCCAGGCAUACCGCUUGUCCAGUUUGACGGUGACAACUCGAGAGAACGGUACACAAGUGAUGCCGCAAGCCUUGUGGGCAAGGGUUAUGACACGACCUCGACGAUGAGCAAAGUCGGCGGCCCUCGUAUAACGGAUGAGAUCCAAAGCAGUGCGCGGGUCGACCUCAAUCGCGCAUUGAACAAGCUCAUCGAGCCCAUGCAGUCGCUGUGUUUCCGAGCUGCGGAAAAAGAGAUGCCGGCCUGCCCGAACUGGUCCUCAAUCGUGCUGUACCCAAAGAUACUGGAGCUGUUCUCCCAGAUGUCGGCGCGCGUCAUGGUCGGCCCCAAGCUCUGUGACGCCUGGCCUGCCAUAUCGAUGAGGUACAUUACUCGUGUGCUCGCCGCUCAGGGCGCCAUCCGGAAAAGGUACUGGCCCUCGCUCUAUUGGACGGCCUACUACCUCAACCCGGAGGUGGCCGAGGUCAACGAAGCGCGCCGGGAGGCCGCUGAACUCGUGCGCCCGGUGCUCGAAGCCCGGCAAGCGGCCUUCGCGUCCUCCGGCUCCAGAGCCGAGAGGCAUGACGACUUCAUCCAGUGGGUCAUGGACAGCUAUCGCGCAGGUGGCAAGGCUGUCACGUCGGAUGAGGUCGUGCAAAAUAUCUUCAUUGUCAUGUUCGCGUCCAUGCACGGCACCUCGUUCGUCGCGCUGCAGGCGCUGUUCAGCCUCCUCGGUACGUCCGGCGCCCUGACUGAGAUCCCCACUGUCCAGCGGUACGCCGUGACCGCGUACACGUUCAAGGACGGCCUUCACGUCCCAGCCGGCACCGUCGUGUCGUUUCCCAACCUGCGUCACAACCUGGACCCCGCAGGAGCCCUGGUGACCGAGGCCGGCACGUUCGACGGCAAGCGCUGGCUACGGCGCCGCGCCGGGUUCGACGUGAGCAAGUUCCAGUUCGCGUCCACAGCCGAGGAUGCAUUUGACUGCGGCGGGGGCCCGCAUGCGUGCCCAGGGCGUUUCAUGGCCGAGGUCACCAUCAAGUUGAUCCUCAUUUCUCUCGUCACCAAGUACGACAUGAAGCUCCCCGAGGGUGCACUGGAGCGGCCCGUAGAGUCAAGACGGUUCAUGGACUUAACGCCAGACACUUCAAUGCCGGUAUUGCUUAGGGACCUGCGGGGCUAG